CUGUGAAUUCAUUUCAGGAUGAAUCUGCAAGGACAAAGAAGAAGUACUUCUAACACAAGCCAGGGCUGUCCACUCAGCAAAUGCAAGAGGACUCUUCUCUCAGCGAGAGGUCCUGUGAUGAGAAUCUGGCUCCUCAGAGGGCCACUGCCGCUCCUGCUGUUCCUCUCUGCCCUGCAGAGACCCACAGGGAGUUCUGAGGUUGCAGUUAAAAUCGACUUCGACUUGGCACCAGGUUCCUUUGAUGAUCAGUACCAAGGCUGCAGCAAACAGAUCAUGGAGAAACUAACUCAGGGAGAUUACUUCACACAAGAAAUAGAAUCCCAUAAGAUAUACUUCAGAGUGUGGCAAAAAGCGUACUUAGCUUGGAUUAGCCAAGAAAAAGCUCUCCCCACAAACAUGACCACUACACAUACUGUGGCUAUCCUGGUUUAUACAUUGAACAGCAAUGUUCACUCUGACUUUACUAGAGCCAUGGCUAGUGUUGCCAGGACUCCACAGCAGUAUGAACAUUCAUUCUACUUCAAAUAUUUCCACUACUACCUGACCACAGCAAUCCAGCUGCUGAGGAAGAAGAGUAUCACAGAGAAUAAUACUCGAUGUUAUGAGGUGCAUCAUGGGAUAAAGAACUUCUCCUUCAAAGCCCAUGUAGGUGCCACCGUUAGAUUUGGUCAAUUUCUCUCCACCUCCCUCCUAAAAGAAGAGGCACAAGAGCUUGGGAAUCAAACAUUAUUCACCAUAUUUACCUGCCUGGGUGUACCUGUACAAGACUUCUCCCUCAAAAAGGAAGUUCUGAUCCCUCCCUAUGAGUUGUUUAAAGUCUUAAAUAUGAGCUCUCACCCAAGAGGAAACUGGCUGCACUUAUGGUCAACUGGGAACCUGAGCAAGUAUAACUGUCAGCUGCUGAAAGCUUCCAGCAAGAAGUGCAUUCCUGCUCCUAUUAUUAUUGCUUCCAUCUCCUUUUUGACCAGUGUCAUCAUCUCUUCCAAAAGUGGAAUAUAAAGGAAUCUUGUGGCUCCUUUUAAAAAAACAAUUUUUAAAAUAAAAACAUUUUAUUGG